AUGUCGUUACCGUUCUCACUCUCGGUUAGUGACUUCUUCACUGUUGGACAGCUCAUUGGGAAAGUGGCAGUCGAGCUUCGCGGGAAUGGAGAAGCAGCACCUGAAUACCAAUCCCUCUUAAUCGAACUUGAGGCACUCGAACGAGCUCUGCGCCACCUCCAGACUCUGAAGCCUGCAAAACAUGAGCUCCUCCAACUUACGUCCAUUCGAGCCACCGCCCUCGCGUGCGAAAGGCCGCUCCGAAACUUCCUAGACAAGGUCUCCAAGUUUGAGAGACGUCUUGGAUCAUUCGACAUCGCGAAUAAUACAUUGAAGGGUCUCCCCCGCAAGAUGCAAUUUAACAUCAUGCUGAAAGAGGACAUAAAAGAGCUGCGAUCGGCUUUAGCAAGCCAUGUUGCGACAAUCAACCUUCUUUUGAUGACCCAAGCUGUUACUUCAAUAUCAGUUGCCGAAAACGAUAGGAGCCAUCUCGCAUUGAGCCUGGAGAGCAAGAUAUUGGCUCACAGUCGAGUCCUACAGGCUAUCAAUGGUCGUGUUGAUACUUCUCUAGUACAGCAGCGAGAGAUCAAAAUGGAAUUAGAAACUCAAUCUUCCGCUGUUGCUGAAUUGGGGGGCAAAGUAGACGAAGCUCGUCAAUCCAUACAGAAAAUCGAGACCAUGGCGAACCAUACUCGAGUUGAGACAAAAAGCACUCUAGAAAUGGUAACCGAGACGUUGUCUCUUUUAACAUCAGGGGUGAUGCACCUACACCAAAUCACCAAGCAGCUGCGCAAAAUGAUUCGAAUUUGUGCCACAUUUACAGAAGAGAUGCGAACAGCUCUAUCCAAGUUGAUGGAUCUCUUCAUUAGUCUUCAGAAAACGCUUCAGCGAAUCGAUCAUAACAUACCAAUGCGCGUGUAUCUCCCAACUGUACAAUUUACCACAGCAUUGGGUGAAACGAUGUCAUUGCCCUACCAGCUCUGCCAGCAGUGGACGAGCUUCAAAGAAUUGCUGAGAGUAAUCUUCUUGGAUAAGCCUGGAAAAUUUCGCGUUGAUAUGGGGAAGUACCUGAUUAUGAAUGCCCGUGGGGGCAGGAUACUGGCAGAGGCCUCAUGGCAGCAUGCAGUAAGGCAAGACGAUCAUUUGUCCAUGUCUAUUGUUCUUGAUGAGCUAUCGGCAAGGUCUGGGCGUUGUCCAUUUCCGUCUUGCCAUGCUUCUACAGAGAGUGUGGAGGCCGAAAAUGGUGGUCGCACAUGUCCUAAAUGCGGUCGGUGGUCUCUACUCACUCUAACUAAUGCAUCGAGUAGCCAUAUCAGGCUGGGGCGCACAACACUGACCGGUAAAGAAUAUAAUUACAGCAUCUCAAACUCAAAGUUUUCCUCUGAUACCAGCAACGGCUUGAAGGAGGAGACGCAACUCAUUGAGGACAAGGAAGACAUUGAGCUCUACAGGCAGAUCCAGGUUCAGGUUCAGCAGAGCUCGACCUUUCAACCUUCUUUGAAGAAAAGAGGGCAUAGCAGCCUGUUAAAAUGGAUCAAGAGGAGAAUGAAGAGGGGAGCGAAGGCAAACAAAGAGGUCACAGUGUUAUGGUAG